AUGGCGGAAUAUGGUGUCACGUUCUCAUUGGCUUAGAAAAUGUAUACCGAGGUGUUUUGCAUGAUGUGAUGAUGUGGGUUGACACUGUUGACAGUUGUUGAUAAUUGACUUUGAUAAAUUGAAAAAGGAAAUUUCUGUACGACUGUAAUCCAUGAUGAGUGAUUAUAAAAUACCGCUAAUCGAGCCGACUAUAGAUUAUGCAAAGGUACCGCCGAUCAACCAAAAGCGAACGGUCUCCUUCAUAAAUCAUUUUAUUACCCAUACCGUCACGUUCUUGAAUAAAUUCGCCUUGUCCUGCGAGGAGAGAUUGUUUGAUUUCGAAAACAAGUUGCAAAAGUUGGAGGCAUCGUUAGAAAUAUUAGAAUCGCGGUUAUCUUCUAUACCUGGUUUAGAACAAGACCAUCAUAAAGAAUCAAAUAAUGUUAAUGAGGAUAAUACAAGUAAAUUAGUAGAAAUACGUGAAGUGGAUGAACCUGAUAAUAGUGAGAUAGAGCCUAAGGACGAACAGAAAGAAAUACAGUCUGCAGCUAAAGAUCCACGCUAUGAAAAAUACUUCAAAAUGUUACACUUUGGUGUACCAAAACAAGCAGUUAAAUUAAAAAUGGAGCAGGAAGGAUUGGAUGCAUCUAUAUUAAACAAUCCACAACAGAUAGUUUCUGUACCACGAUUGUCAGAAAACGAUGAGAAUCGAGGUGAAUAAAUAUUAAGGUAAUUAUUUUAAUGCUGUAUCGCUAAUUAUUUUAGGUAUUUUGGACGUUUUUGCAUUAUAAAAUACACAAUAAAGACAUGU